AUGGCCCAGCAAGUAUCUUUGUCGAUCGAAGAAACCAAUAAACUACGAUUGUCGCUGGGUCUGAAACCUAUAGAGGUAGAAGUCAGCCAUAAGGAGACAAACUCGGCAGAUGAUAACGAUAGCGUUCCACUAAGCGAACACGAGAGUACAAGCAAAAGUAAUGCUACUGCCGACAAGCUAUCAAGGCUCCGGUGGAACUUAAAAAGAGCACAAAGUAAAUUACAAUCAGAUGUGUUAGUAGGUGGGCUUAAAGACGAUGACGACAAAGAUUGGCUAAAUAAGGUUGGUGCAAAGAAAAGGAGGCAAAAUGGCCCCGCUCUUCGAAAAAACUAUCAAGAAAUGGAUCGCGAAACUUUUGAAAAUGAUGAAUUUGAUCCUAAGGUCAAAGUUGUUCACGAAAUGUCUCAAAUGACGCCGGGAAGCGAUGUAAUUCUCACUUUACAAGAAUCGGAACUAGAUUCGGAGGGAAAAGGGGAUGUGUUAGUUAACGAAGGAGCACUGCAAGACGCGCAACAGGCAAAGAAUGUAAACCUCAAACGUCUUAAUCAGGCUAGAAGACUCGGAAAAAUAUCGGUAUCCAAGGGUAGCUAUGAAGAGGGGAGUGAUGACAAUAAGGAAUCCGGACCUUCAUUGUACAUGGUGGAAGGUCGACUCGUCGGUCCUGAGUCCCCAGAGAAUAGCCCAAAAGCCCCUGAUAAUAGAAUGACGACUUCGAUAUAUAGAGAUACAGAAGAGAAAGAAGGAGAUAUCUCAGGACCCUCGGAUUUUGCGCCGGUGAAGAUUAAAAAGCGUAAAAAACUCUCAGGGCCUAACGUCUCGAGCAAACGAUCAAAACCAGUCCCUCAGAAUAUUAAGGUAGAGCUGGUAGACGAGGACUCUGUUGACGCGGCUGACGCGGCUGACCAGGAGUUAGAGGAGUUUUUGAAAAUACAACACUCUGCCAAUGCUGGCGAAAGAAAAGCGCAGAAAUCAGCAGAGGAAAUAGUAAAAGAGAUUGAGGAGGAGAAAAGGGACAGAUCUGCUCGUGAUGCUACCAUUGCUGGUGCUCGAGGCUUCAUCGUUGAUGAAAACAGUGUUUUUCUGUCAAAGUUGCAAUCCAGCUUGUUGACAAAGACUGAUCCUGUCAAAUUUGAAAGGAUUGAUCUAACACCGGCAUCAACCAUUGGGAACGCAAUUAAAGGUGACAGCGUUCUCUUUUCCGAGGGAGAGCAAAAAAAAGAAGAAGAGGGAGGUGAUCAAGGUGAUCAUUUCGACGGUGAAUCAAACCAAGCAAACUUUCAAGAUGGGCUUGCUUCAACUUUGAAUUUUUUGAGGGAUCACAAUGCCAUUCCUCCAUUAGGUGUCAAUAGUGCCAAGAACGGUGAAAAGUCGAAAGAGCUUGAAGAGCUUGCGCUCAAACAAAUGAUCGAAGCAAGGGUAUCUAGAGAACGAUUCGCACAGGAGCUGUCUGAGGGCAAGGUAAGGUAUACACCGGAUGAACUGGAUAAAAUCCAGCGUCUACACGAGCAACAAGUCAGCAACCGCAACCACGUGCUACAGAGAGAGCGCCUUGUUUCUUACAAUCCCGAGGUGAAACUUUCUUACAAGGAUUCGCAUGGUAACGAACUGACAACUAAAGAAGCCUAUAAGAAGUUAUCGCAGGCGUUCCAUGGUACUCGAUCAAACAGGAAAAAGUUUGCGAAGGCGCAACAAAAGGUAGAAAACAGAAACAGGCAAAAUCAGAGCUACAUAGGCUAA